CGUCGGGCAGACAGUAGGACGGCGACGCCACUGUGAGUCGGUGACCAAGGCGCGAAGAGCGCGCUCGCCGCACUGUGACAUGUAGCGCGGCCACCGCGCCGCAGCCUCGCGUAAACACCGCCGGUGGCGGCGCGCCGCUGCGCCUGCCGUCCGGCCCGACGCCCGCGCCUAAAAACCAAUCGCAUAAAACCCAGUGCCGUUUUCACUGUUACACCUGAAGCGAGCCCUUCAACCCGUCUGUAUCGACGACCAUCGUCGGAUGGAACCCGGAGUGCGGCGAUUCGCAUCAAGCGGCGGGAGCUAGCUCAGACAUGGGAAGUGAGCACUAUUGCCUGAGGUGGAACAAUCAUCAGAGCAACCUGCUGGGAGUUUUCAGCCAGUUGCUGCAAGACGAGAGCUUGGUCGACGUCACACUCGCGUGCUCCGAGGGUGCCUCAAUACGGGCUCAUAAGGUAGUACUUUCUGCGUGUUCGUCAUACUUCCGAUCGCUGUUCGUGGACCACCCUUCGCGCCACCCCAUAGUGAUCCUGAAGGACGUAGGCUUGGAGGAGCUCCGAACACUAGUCGACUUCAUGUAUAAGGGCGAGGUCAACGUCCAAUAUUGCCAGCUUCCCGCUCUCCUUAAGACUGCUGAGAGCCUUCAGGUGAAAGGAUUAGCUGAGAUGACUACAUUAAGUGCGGCAGGCGUUGACACAAGGAAUGUUUCUGAACCGAUGGAGGAGUGUCAAGCCCAAAACUCAAGUGAAUCCGCAGAACCUAUAGACAGAAUACACGAGAGAGAAUCUCGAGAUAAGGAAGAGAGGCAUGACAUUAAAGAGAACAGAGAAAGGGAGAACAAAGACAUAAGAGAAAACAUCAGAGAUGCGCGCGAUUCAAGGGAUAUACGGGAAUCGAGGGAUAGGGACCGUGAAUUAAGAGAACCGCGCGAAUUAAUACGAGAAAGAGAACCCCGCGAACUUAGGGAUGCGCGAGACCAUAGAGAAUUGCGAGACACCAGGGAGCCUAGGGACCUGAGGGAUCUCAGAGAUCUACGUGACACCCGGGAGGUACCUGAAACUUCGCCGCCGAGAAUAUCACCUUUGCUUUCAGUGCGAAGGUUUCGGCCAGAACCGUCGAUAGAGACUUCUACUCCAACGCAUCCUCCUAUACCAAAAGAUGAACCACCUGAUGAACCUAUGCGGCCUCUGUCGCCUGAAGACGACACAGUGUCCAUUAGAUCUAAUGGUGCUAAUGAUAAUAUUGGCAUCAAUAUGACGAUAAAUAGCCACAGCGGCCUCGGGUCGCGGUAUUCUCCAGUGGAACAAAGACUGAGUGUGCUGAACGCAUUGCCACAUCCAGGGUUGCCGAUUCACUCGCAUCCCUCUUUGCCGAGUCCCAGAAACGAACCAAUUGCAGGACCGUCUGGAUUACCUCCAGUUCAACAAGUACCAUUGUCAUUAAAGAAAGAAACAGACUGGGACAGAAACAAUGAAGAUAAGGGUGGCGGAGAAUCAUCUUCAGAAUAUCGACUGCAACAUGAAUCGGAGUAUGAAGGGCCCGGUAGGGGGAGAAUUGACGAGGGAGAGAGGGCUUACCCGUGCAUACAUUGCGGCGCGGCGUUCCCACACCAGAGCAAACUGACCCGGCAUAUAUUGACGACGCACACGCUCGAUACGUUGAAAUAUCGAGACGCUAUUAUGGGCCGGCCUCUCGGCUUACCGAUGAUAGGACAGUUUAGUGAACCCACUUAUUUGAGCAUGCCCACGGAGGAGUCGCCGAUCGACCUGGACAUCGGCCCGGUGGAACCUGGAAACGUUGUGUUGUGCAAAUUCUGUGGGAAGAGUUUUCCGGACGUGUCAUCGCUCAUAGCGCAUCUCCCGGUGCACACCGGCGAUCGACCGUUCAAAUGUGAAUUUUGUGGCAAGGCGUUUAAAUUAAGGCAUCAUAUGAAGGAUCACUGUCGAGUUCACACAGGAGAACGCCCGUUCCGGUGCGUUCUUUGCGGCAAAACGUUUUCGCGGUCUACGAUACUGAAGGCGCACGAAAAGACUCACUAUCCGAAGUACGCGAGGAAGUUCUUAUCGCCGAGCCCGGUAGACACGGAAGAGGAGAGUCCACAUCAAGUAGUACUUUCUGCGUGUUCGUCUUACUUCCGAUCGCUGUUCGUGGACCACCCUUCGCGCCACCCCAUAGUGAUCCUGAAGGACGUAGGCUUGGAGGAGCUCCGAACACUAGUCGACUUCAUGUAUAAGGGCGAGGUCAACGUCCAAUAUUGCCAGCUUCCCGCUCUCCUUAAGACUGCUGAGAGCCUUCAGGUGAAAGGAUUAGCUGAGAUGACUACAUUAAGUGCGGCAGGCGUUGACACAAGGAAUGUUUCUGAACCGAUGGAGGAGUGUCAAGCCCAAAACUCAAGUGAAUCCGCAGAACCUAUAGACAGAAUACACGAGAGAGAAUCUCGAGAUAAGGAAGAGAGGCAUGACAUUAAAGAGAACAGAGAAAGGGAGAACAAAGACAUAAGAGAAAACAUCAGAGAUGCGCGCGAUUCAAGGGAUAUACGGGAAUCGAGGGAUAGGGACCGUGAAUUAAGAGAACCGCGCGAAUUAAUACGAGAAAGAGAACCCCGCGAACUUAGGGAUGCGCGAGACCAUAGAGAAUUGCGAGACACCAGGGAGCCUAGGGACCUGAGGGAUCUCAGAGAUCUACGUGACACCCGGGAGGUACCUGAAACUUCGCCGCCGAGAAUAUCACCUUUGCUUUCAGUGCGAAGGUUUCGGCCAGAACCGUCGAUAGAGACUUCUACUCCAACGCAUCCUCCUAUACCAAAAGAUGAACCACCUGAUGAACCUAUGCGGCCUCUGUCGCCUGAAGACGACACAGUGUCCAUUAGAUCUAAUGGUGCUAAUGAUAAUAUUGGCAUCAAUAUGACGAUAAAUAGUCACAGCGGCCUCGGGUCGCGGUAUUCUCCAGUGGAACAAAGACUGAGUGUGCUGAACGCAUUGCCACAUCCAGGGUUGCCGAUUCACUCGCAUCCCUCUUUGCCGAGUCCCAGAAACGAGCCUAUUGCAGGACCGUCUGGAUUACCUCCAGUUCAACAAGUACCUUUGUCAUUAAAGAAAGAAACAGACUGGGACAGAAACAAUGAAGAUAAGGGUGGCGGAGAGUCAUCUUCAGAAUAUCGACUGCAACAUGAAUCGGAGUAUGAAGGGCCCGGUAGGGGGAGAAUUGACGAGGGAGAGAGGGCUUACCCGUGCAUACAUUGCGGCGCGGCGUUCCCACACCAGAGCAAACUGACCCGGCAUAUAUUGACGACGCACACGCUCGAUACGUUGAAAUAUCGAGACGCUAUUAUGGGCCGGCCUCUCGGCUUACCGAUGAUAGGACAGUUUAGUGAACCCACUUAUUUGAGCAUGCCCACGGAGGAGUCGCCGAUCGACCUGGACAUCGGCCCGGUGGAACCUGGAAACGUUGUGUUGUGCAAAUUCUGUGGGAAGAGUUUUCCGGACGUGUCAUCGCUCAUAGCGCAUCUCCCGGUGCACACCGGCGAUCGACCGUUCAAAUGUGAAUUUUGUGGCAAGGCGUUUAAAUUAAGGCAUCAUAUGAAGGAUCACUGUCGAGUUCACACAGGAGAACGCCCGUUCCGGUGCGUUCUUUGCGGCAAAACGUUUUCGCGGUCUACGAUACUGAAGGCGCACGAAAAGACUCACUAUCCGAAGUACGCGAGGAAGUUCUUAUCGCCGAGCCCGGUAGACACGGAAGAGGAGAGUCCACAUCAAAUGUGUCUAGAUAUGUCAUGCGGGUCGUCGAGCAUCCCUAGUCCCAUUCCACCCCGGAGCCCGACUGCGCUGCCGCUGUGGUCGCCGCUACUGGCUCUACAAGCGUGCCGAAUACGCAGAUAUCUCAGUGACGAUUGCAUGACCUACCAAAACCGACACUUGCUGCACUCCGAGAGACGCAGGUGCGGAGUGUGCCUCGCUUCAUUCCCAUCUACAUGGCUACUCGAACGUCAUGCGGCGCUUCAGCACGCUUCUCAAUCGGCGUGCGAAGAUAAGCCGUUCGUUUGUGAACAAUGUGGACAGAGUUACAGGUAUCGAUCCGCCUACGUUAAGCAUCGAGAACAAAACCAUAGGGCGCGACUUCCCGCCGACAAGCUGUUUACAUGCGACGUGUGCGGUAUGCAAUUCCGCUAUUUGAAAUCUUUCAAGAAACAUCGUCUCAACCAUACUCUGGAAAGACUGCACACGAAGAACACUGAUCCUCCCGAAGGGAUGGAACCGGUCUCUAGUACAAACGAAGUCUUAAUAGGCCAAUGUGGUGAAAUGGAUCUCUCUCUCAAAAAGAGGAACAGAGGUGAAGCGACUAGAUCUCCACCCAUUGAAAUUAUUGGCGAUGCAGAACAAGACAGCACGGUGGAUUCCAACGGACCAACCGAUUCGAUCGUAACAGUGGACGAUUCGACCGACUGUAGAAAUUCCAGUGCUGAGAGUGAAACUCGACGGGAGGAAGACGCCGUGCCCGGGGAAAGAAAACGGGUCCCCGUGUCAUUCGCCAGCGUUAGCUCCAUCGCUGACAGCUCCGAAAGCGAGUCGAGGGGUGACAGUUCCAAACAUGAUACUUCCAGUUCACAUUCCGGAAUACUCGGCUUCUUGCAAAACGACGACAAGCAAAGAGACAGAGAGAGGCGAUUCGCGUGCCCAUUCUGCGGGAAGUGCGUCAGGUCGAAGGAGAAUCUGAAGUUGCACGUUCGGAAGCACACCGGCGAACGCCCGUUCGUGUGCUUGUUUUGCGGGCGGGCGUUCGGGGGUAAGAGCGACUUGACGCGGCACCUGCGCAUCCACACGGGCGAGCGGCCCUACCACUGCGAGGCGUGCGGCAAGUGCUUCGCGCGGGCCGACUACCUGUCGAAGCAUCUCACUACGCACGUUCACAAUGCACGUUGAUUGACCGCGCCGUCCUUUUUUAAUCUUUUCAUACCUCUAUAGUUAACGACCGAGUCAUAUUAUAACAGGAAAUCGGAAUAUUUUUUAAAAUGUUUUUAACCUUCAUAAGAAUAUAUCUAAGCAGGUCUAAUUAGAUUUUACACUGUUUUUGGUUCGGAGUUGUAUUUAUAGUUUAAUAGAUAAUUUUCGAUAUUUAUUCUAUACAUUAUAAUAAAAGGGAUGAUAUUUAUGAUAAUUGCUAAGAAACUAAAUAUUUUAUAUUUUUUGUUAACGUCACACUACACCAUUGGAAUGCAAUAAUAUGGCUAUUAUUUAAAAGACAUUUUCUCUCUCUUUGAAAAUGUAUAUUUUUUUGUUUAGAAGAGUCUCACAGUCGAAAUUGAAAUAACAUUUUAUGUAAAUGAGUAUCUAAAGAGCAAUCUUUAAAUUGUGAUGAAUUAAAUCUUGUCUUGGGGUCUAAAAGUCAUGUUUUUAACAAUAUUUGGAUUCUACGUUUAUGCCAUAUUAUAUUGAAUUAUAUGACUAGGAUAUAAAAUUCAUUCCAUUGAGGGAAGGUAGUAAAAAUGUAGUCGUGACGAAUAGGUAAGUAGAAGAAUGCAAAAGCUGUGAUUCAUAUGAUUAAGACCAGUCAACAAGUUUAAGAACAUCGAAAAAUGUUUAAUGUAAGUAAAUUAAUAAUAACGUUUUCAUAUUAAUUAUAAUUCAUUAUAGAAUAGAAAUCUCUCUGUGCCAAAAUAUGUACCUCAUAAAAGUAAACGAUCAAGUAGAUAAAAUAAUUACCUAUUUAUUGCUUAAACAUGUGGUUAUAUUCUUUUUACAGUCAAUAUACAGUUAGGUUUUACGUGGCUUUCCGGUUUCUAUAUUUUAGCUUCGAUCUUGGUUUGGUUUUAUUUUUAAGUUAACGUUAUGCCUAAUUACACUUAAAUAAGUAUUUAUAACACACAAAUGAGACAGUCGAUGAUAUAAUCGACUACUCUUGCCACGUACCUAAUGUAACAAAAAGGUGUCAUAUAUUUCUUUCCGUGUAAAAAAAUACUUGCCCGCAAACGUUAAAUUAAAUCUACCUAUACAUAAUAUUUUAAGGUUAAAUACUUACUGCCAAUAUUGUGAUAUUCUUUAUACAUAUGUACACUGCAAGUUGUUUCCGUGGGUUUAUAUUUUUAUAAUAUCAUUGGGAAUUAUUAUUUGGCUAAUGGAUUUCAAACAAUCAUUUAAAAUCUGUCAAUUCAUAAUUAGAAUUUAGGGACAUUAUAAAUCGUUAUUUUUACUGGGCUGGUGCGUCUAAUCUAAAAUAAUGUCAUGAAUAUUAACAGACCAAUAACGGACUUCGUAAUCAAAAAAUUAAUUUCACCAAUUGGAAUAAGGACUCUUAAGACAAUCGCGUCACAAAAUAUUGGUACAUUGGUAUGUAACAAAGCCGACGAACCUGUAAUUAAUUAUUUCGAUGGAAAGUUUUCUUCAUUAGUAUUGAAGUUGACUGAAAUUUACACAUAAUUCAAACAGGUGUCAAGUUCAACUACAAGGCUAUUUAACAGGACAAUGAUGCUAAUAUUUCUUUGAUAUAGCAUUUCAUAUUAAAGAGCUGUUAAACACGCAGGUUAAACGUAAUCAAAUCGACCAUAUAUUUUUCUCAAUGAAAGCAUCACUUAAUCACGCAUUGUUUGCCGUUCUUCGACUUACAAGGCCAACUUAGUAUAAAUACUGUCAAUUACAUGUUUAUUAUUAUAGAGAGAGAACUAUGUUACUUAUAAUAGAACUUACAAUAUUAUGCGGGCUAGUAUUUUUCAAAAUAUUAUAAUUUGUGGAGAGUUCGGAAGCACCUUUACGUCAACCUCAUUAAAGGCCUUGAAUUAAAUGAUUGUUCAAUAAAUAUGUUAGGUUAGUUUAGUUAGUACUGAAAUGUUUCGAUGUUAUGUUGUAACAUUUUGGUUUUUAAUAAAGAAUUGAGAACAAUAUUGUUAACUGAAAUACCGAUAUCAAAUUUGCCAGAGGGAUAUAAUAUUAAGUAAUUAGGUAGUCGAAAAUAUGGUGUAAACGAAAAGCAAUACUCUGAAUUAUUAUUUUUAUGAUGGAAAUACUCGACGGAAUAUUUGUGUGGACUUUGGGAAUAAUUAAAUUUACAUCGGGCAGUCAACGUUAUGAGUAUUUUUCGGUACAUUAGUAGUAAAAUUACCCCUUGAAACGAUGUCAUCGAACGACGAAAUUAGAAACAUAUAAGAAAUAAAUUGUGUAUAUUCUGUAGCUAUUUGUUCCAUUUCAUAUUAAAAUUAUUAAAGUAAGUAUUCAAAAUUGAUGUUGACUGUUUUUAUAAUUAUAUCAGUGGUAGUUACUUGAUGUUGUGGUGUAAAUUAGUGUCUUAUAAUAUUGUCGGUCAAAAAUUACUCAAAGCUGUACAUCAUUGGAUCAUUGAUUGGCUUGAUGAAGUGGAGGUUUAAGGUAAAAUAUACCUUGUAGUCAUCUUAAAAUUGUGCCACAGAUGCAAUGUGGUUUGAAUAAUUGCCCAGUCGUUUUUAGAGUUACCAAAUGCUAUGUACGUCUUCUAUAUGCUGUGUUUAAGAUGGAAUUACCACAUUAUUGGUAGGUAGGUAUUAUGGUGAACCAAUAUUAAACAUCAUAGCGGUCGCUUAUUGGAGUUAGAAGGAAGAUGUACGUAGUUUAAUAAAGGGGUUUAUUAUAUUGUCCUUUGAGUGGUUUUUGGCCUUUACGUAGUAUUUAAUCGGUGUGGUCUUCUUUAUAUAAAUUUAUUCAUGUAUCUACUUUACGUAACUAUGAUGUUUUAUUUUAUAAUCGGAUUCUAAAGAAUAUUGAGCACGGCAAGUUUUGUAAAUAAGUGCUACCAGGUCAAAUGUGAUAAAUUAGGAUAUAAGAGAUGUAUAAUAAUGGAUUUAUAAGUCCUUGUGUUUCACGGCGAUGUGAAUAUCGUGACAAUGAAAUCGUGAAAUGUGAUCGACGUGCUUUUACGCAAUGAAAUUCCCAUUCGAUUAAUUUCCUUGCUACGAUGAAAAUGGUUCGUGAAAUACAGGGCAUAUAUUUCUUUUUUAAUAUUAUUAUUAUAAUGUAAAUUACAUUGUCAUUAAAUCUCAAUUUGAUUUCAUCAUCUCUGAUGAGGAAGUAUCGUGACCACUUUUCACAUUUUUAUUGCUACACUGUUUACUGUAAUCUAUUGGGCAUUAUGUUUUAAUUAGUAAAUAUCCUAUUUAUUCGACAUUGUAAUUGUAAAAGUGCGGUUUGAUUUGUCACUUUGUAUUUUUUUUAUUGGUAUAGAAAUUCGCUGAUUAGCAAAGGGGUCAUUCUCAUUGAUUGUAUAUUUUUUUUAAUGUUGCCAGUAAGAAUAUAGUCUUAUUAUGACAGUUGAUGGAGUACACGCAUGCGUGAUAACGUUUGGAAGUAAUUAUUUAUUAGUUUAUUUCGUAAAUUUUUUAAGUGUUCAAUUAAAUCACACGAUGACAUGAAAAAUUUCAAUAAGCGCACAGAUUUUAAUCACGUCUCCGUCCGGUACAGAUUUUUCAAUUUUGAACCCAUUCAAUUACUUCUUGUAGAUUUUUUUAAAAUUCAUGCAUUAGUGGACUAAAGUUUUUGCAAUUACUGUUUUCACGUGUUUCGUAAUUUUUGGGUAGAAAUAUUUGAAAAAAAGUUUUAUGCGAGAUAUUGAUUUAAAAACGACUCUCUUUAAAUUCUCAGUGACAAUUCUAUUAUCCUUGUAUUGUGGAAAGUUUGAUACAUUUUAAUUUCUGAACGACAAAAUGUGUAUGAGAUACGAAGUGUACACUAUCCUACCAGUACCACAUUAUAUUGUAAGAAUGUUUUAAAGGAAAGCAAAGGUUUUGACAAUUGUUAUUAUUGUGAUAUUACUAUAAGUUGAGACCGUUAAUUAGAAACUGAAGUCUCCGCAAAGAUAGACAACAACGAUUGAAUCUAGACUGAUUUUCGGGUAGAGGUGUAGGCCAGAACGAUCACAGGUAAUAAUUAAUAUAAUUACAUAAUGAUUGAUUUAUUUAAAAGCCAAAACACAGUCUCAAUAGUCUUUUACAUAAAUCGCUAAGAGAGUUUUUUUAAUUUUAAACGUAACUUAUAUCUACAGAAAGUUUUAUAUACCGAUCUUAAAUUAUUUUUCAGAUGUAUUGAUUUUUAUACUUGUCCAUAUUAUACAACGUGAAUAGUGGUAAGUGUAGUUACGUAGAUGGGUCUAUUAACCGCGUGGUGCUACAAUGUGUAAAGAUAUGUGAUAGAUAUUGUUCUUCAGAGACAUUUUAUUUAUCGAAGCUUCCAUAGAUAAUUGUGACACACCUAACAUAAUAAUGACGUCAGCAAUAAUUUCGUUUAGGUAAAUAUUGUGUGUUUAAGACUACUUUUAUUUUGAAACGUGUACAAUGUUCAGUGCAAUGCGGUGUAUGUCAAUCGUUUCGUUACUUCAGAAGGUUUAGUUUAAGAAAACAUUGACCGAACACUUUCGUCUGAGCAACAAAAUCAUAUACACAGUCUGGCUUUGUAAUUUUCUGUGUAAUUAUCGGUGUCGAUAUAAAUUUGUAUAUGUAACAAUGGAGACUUUGCUAGGUAGUAAAUAUUUAUUUGGAUUUAAAUCCGUUUCGAUGGCUCAUUGUAUUUAUUAUUUGUUAACUUGUUUUACGGCUUUAUAGGAAAGGGAUGUAAGUAGCCACGUUAUCCAAUAAAAAUAAUGAUUAUUAAUAUUUAAAACCAUUGUACAAUUUUCUUAAAAGAAAGCAUAUUUUCAUGUGAAGUUAGUGAUAAUCUCUUCAGUCCUCCAAGGUACUAUAAGAGUUUGUUGACAAGGUUCGUUUUAAUAAUCAUUUUUAUACGAAAGUCCACCUCGAUGCUGAUGAAUAAUUUGUAAUCAUAUAGUUUUAUGUUUGUUAGUUUUCAAUUUAAUUUUUAUCCUUAUAUUUUUAACUACCUAAUAUAUUUUUGUCUACGAUUUCGUUAUUAAUUUUUUUCUUAGUUUCUCGCCAAAAAAUGCAUUUGUGUUUACAGUUUUUUUUUUAUUUUAUCAAAUUGAGUUCUGUCGGUAAUGGGUGAACUUUCACUAUUUUAACCAACUUAUAUAAACACAUUGUUACAUUAUAUGAUAUAUUUUUUUUACUGGUAUAUUUCAGAUAAUUAUUACUGUUAACCAAAUAAGCCCGUUUUAUAGUUUUAACGUGAAGUUAUUAACUUUUUAUAUAGGUAUUUUAAAGAUUUUUAUGUUAAGUAUGUGAAUCCAUCUAUACAAUGAAACAGUCCAUUAAUAAAAUCUCUUGUCCAUUGUCCAAAUAACGUAGGCAUAGUUUCAAAUUUUGUAUGUGUUUAAUACACACCUAAAUUAAUAUUGCUAAUGUGUAACUUAAUUUAAAUAUUGAUGUGCAAAAUUAUAGUAAAUGUCUUGGAUCUCUAAAAUUAAAAAAAAAAAGACAAAAACACUUUACGAAAUUUCUAAAUGUGAAAUAAAUGUGUGUGUUGUAGUGUUAUUAGGCGUAAAAUGAACUAUUAAAUAUGGUUACUCAAUAAUAUGAGCGACUGCUGAUUUGCUCAUUUUGUGCGUUUUUGUAUAACCAUGAUCUCAUUUGCGGUAACCAUAUUUUGUAGUGUGUUAUAUAAAUAUUUGGCACUUUAAAAAAGGCACAUUUUUCUUAUUAUUGUAAUUGAAAAAUGGUUUGAAAACGUGUUGAAAUGGAUUUGUUGAGUACAUUAAUUUCAUAAUGAAAUAUAUUUGUUUCAUUAA